AUGUCUGCGGAACCAGAACAAGCUCCACGUAUCGAUCCACGCUUUGAUAGCAUCACAAGGAACCGUCUCCUUGCUCAAUCUGCUACAUUGACAUUUUUCCUAUCAUGCGCAUACGCCAAACUUGACUUAGGUGUAAUUAAAGUCGAGCAUACCCUUGGAGAUGGACUCUACUGUGUAGAUGCCGAUGGAUACGAGAUCACCGAUGAAGCUAUCCAACAAAUUUCAGAAAAAAUGCAUGAAAUGAUUGAUAAUGAUCUUCCAAUCGAAACACCAAAGAUUGGUCGCCAAGAAUUACUUCGUUUCUUCGAUGAAGAAUACAAUCGCCAAGAUAAGGUUGGUGUUUUGAAGGCUUGGCAAGAUCAUUUCAUUCCAUGCAUCCAAUUCGACGGUUUUAUCGAUUAUAUGAUCGAAGACAUGUGCACUGAUAAGAGCAAGCUCAAAGUUUUCGAGAUUCGCAAGUACGAUGAAGGUCUUCUUCUCAGAUGGCCAACAAUCAUGAAUCCAGACUCAAUCGCUCCAUUUGUUGACCGUCCAGUCCUUCACUCAAUCUUCAAGGAAGCAGAGGAAUGGGCUAGAAUUCUCAAAGCCGACAACAUUACAGAAAUCAACAAAGCAGUCUAUACAAAGCGUAUCGAGGAGCUUCGUUUGAUCAACGAAGGCCUCCAUGAAAAGAAGAUUGCCACAAUUGCUCAAAAACUAUGCGCCGACUUCCAAGAUAACAGAUUAAUCACAAUCGCCGGUGGUUCCUCAUCAAACAAGACUACAUUCGCCAAGAGACUUUCCAUCCAACUCCGUGUCAGCGGUUUCGAAGCUACAGUUAUCGAAAUGGAUGACUAUUUCCAAGAUACAGAGAAAGUUCCAAUGGAUGAGAACGGCAAGCGCGAUUUCGAACACAUCUCCGCCAUGAACGUCGAUCUCCUUGCAGAGCGCGUCGCAAUGCUCCUCCGCGGCGAAAAAAUCCCAGUCAGAAAAUUCAAUUUCAAAGCCAGCAAAGGUGAAGACUCCACAACGAAGUUCCUUACACUCCCACCAAAGAACUUCUUGAUCCUCGAAGGUAUCCACGGUCUAAACCCAGAACUCUUACAACAUUUCCAAAAAGUGACACCAAUUUACGUAUGCUGCCUUACACCAAUGCACGUUGACUUGAACCACCGCUUGGCCACAUCAGAUCUUCGUCUUAUCAGACGUACUAUCCGUGACCAUAACUACCGUGGCGUUUCUGCAAGAAGAUCAGCUUCUAUGUGGACAUCCGUAAGAUUCGGUGAAGAAAGAAAUAUCUUCCCUUACCACGAGAAUGCUAAGAUGUUCUUCAACUCAGCCCUCCUUUACGAACUCAACGUUUACGCUAUUAUGGGUAGAGUUAUCUUAUCUGAGGGAACAUUCCCAGAUCCAGGAGAGAAUACUGAAAGCCCAGACUGCAAGGUUAUCACUCGUGAGGUCGAGAGGCUCCUAAGCCUCCUCAAACUCUUCUACCCAUACAACCCAGAGAAUAUCUCAAAGGUCUCAACGAUCAGAGAGUUCAUUGGAGGUUCAGACCUUUCAUAUUAA